AUGAUCUUCACAACCAGAAAGGGUGCCACAUACGUGGAGGAGACGAAGAUACCGUCACCCAUGAUCGUGAGGUUCAUCCAAGGCUUCAAGGUGCCCAAGACACAGCGGCGGCGAACGCCACGCGACGAAGAUAUAUACACGGCAAUCAUCAACUAUCGCUCAAGAUAUUUUGAGACUCAGACUUGGGAUGGUCAUUUGAGGCCUCCGACCGACUCGCUAGAUCCCUUUGAUGACGAAGACUUGGACGAGCUGAUCAAGAUGACCACGGAAAGAGGCACUUCUGGCGAGGCACAAGAUAUCCAGGAAAACGACGAAGACUCCAGAUUGGAAGACCAGCACACACCCGAAGACCAUACGGAAAUAAUGGUGCACGUGAGACCCACCAGCAUUAGCUUGGAUAACCCAGAUCACCAGAUCCAGUUCAACUGCAACAUCAGAUCAACGGCUGUUCUGCCCUACGAUGAACACUCGGACCGACUGCUGGUGACAUUGUCCACUGGUCAAUUGUUCAUUCUGAAGGUUAUUUCCAACGAGAAUUUUGAAAACGACUAUCAUUUCAGCGUGAUAGACCAAUUGUGGCAGACUCCACAUACGAUGAUAAAGGCUGGUGCACCCGAUGGGUUCAAAUUUCCGGUAAGUUUCAGACCAAGGACUAAUGAUAUAGGUCGGGACGUCUUGGCCCAUUCAAAUGGUCUGAUUUUUGCAUCAACGUCCUACGAGGGACUCAUUAGGUUCCAUCGCAUCUCCACCAAGCUGGGCAUAGACUCGCCGGUCGAGAAAUACUUCAACUACGAUGUCAAUGGAACGAUUGUGGACUACUGUUUCAUUGAGCCAAUAGACGACAAGUUGCUGACCCAUGCCAUGUUUGCCGUACUAUACCAGCCGAACAAUUCGUCCAUCCUGAGUCUGCGAUUGCUGGAACUGUAUGCUGAUGCUCCAUUCGAAAAGGUGGAGACCGCUUUUUCCCCUGUUUUGCUCAACAAUCAGACUGAAAUCCCUUACUUCAUGGUUCCUCUCAAGAACACUCAGGGCUUCUUAUAUGUCACCAAAAAUGUCGUGACGUUCAUGGGGGUAAGCUUCCUGAUAUCCCAUGGUGGUAAGGACAACGUCUGGACGGGCCUCUACGAAUAUGGCGCUGAUGACGAAGUUCCUCAUCCUGUUUCGUAUCAUGUUCCCAGAACGCCUAUUCCGGCAGAAGGCCUGGAAUAUCCCAUUGAUUCGCUAGUGCGAAUGGACCAAAUUCUCAUAGCCGAUUCGCAGGGACAGGUGUUUGCGGUGGAGGUGUUCCUCAACACCGGCAGAUCCGAUUGGAGCAUACGAUCCACCAAACUAUUCAAGUUUUACAAGCCGUUUGCUGCGUUUAGUCUGGAAAUCGCUGAUGAUAUGUACACUUUCGAUUAUGCGUGUUCUGCAGGGACGUCUGCUUCUCUGCUGUGCGAGAUCCGCAAAGGCUCGCUGAAGCCUGCAUUAAAACUGCAGAGCUAUCCCAAUUGGGCUAAUGUCUCUGAUGUCAUAACUGUUCCUCCCUUAAAAUUGAAGACAGCAGCUUUGCCUACGAAUGAGGAAUUGUGGUGUCUUACUUCAUGCGGCUCUAAAUCCGGGCUCUGGAACUUGAAAAGAGGCUUCAAGGCUGCCAAACACACCGUCGACGACACUAACCAGCCUAUGACUAGGAUGUUCAAGGUCUCAGCAACAGACUACUGUUUUUGCUCGGUGGAGUCGUCUCAGAUUAUGCGGUUUGAUUUGGGUUCGUUCUUCCCUGUCUGGCCCAAAGGAGAUCCGCUUUACAAGCCCACCAUAUUCUGCGGGCCUUUCAGCUCAACCUCAGAUAGAGUGGUUUGGGUAACAGAAAAUGGAAUUCGUCUUUUUGAUAGCGAUACUUAUGAAAACCUGGAGGAGUUUGAAACUCCUUACACAAUCACCAUGUGUCACGCUGCCGAAGGGUUUCUACUCAUACAUUACGAAACCUCCGAAAGGCGCCCCGGAACUGAACUUUUCAAGUUGGAAGGGAAUUCAUUGAGGCCAUACACGCUGAAUCUUAGUCAUGGCCAGCUGGGCGAUGUGUCUUUCAUGAAAAUUUUGCAGUUCGGUGGAGAACCUUUCAUAGUGAUCGGUAACUAUGAGGAUAAUGUCUUGGUGUUUCAGGUGAAUGAGACUGAGAAGGCCAUGAUUUCUAUUCAAAGGCUAGAUAUUCCCACACUGAUCAGUAAUGGUUCCACGGUGUCACAGCGAGGUUUCAAAAUACCAAGUGAUGCAUAUGUUCACGAAUACGGCACCUGCAAGGGAGUCUUUCCGAGACACGAGAUGAUUAGAAGAGAACAUGACAGGCAGAUAUCGCAGCCUGUGACCGGACUUGAUGAGUCUCAUUUUCGUGAUCGUGAGAGCAUUGACCAUAUUGAUGUUGAGGAUAUCCCACUGCUUGGUGUGGAAGGUCCCUCUUCGGGUGAACUGGUGAUCGGGUCCCGAAACGGAUUUGCCUGUUUGGUUCGGUUCACACCUAUUGAGGGGAAGUUCGUGAUAGUCGACGUUCAAAGUUUUCAGCUAGGAGAUAAAGCUGUUGAAUUUGUGGAUACCGGUUCUCAAGUUGUGUAUGCCAUUUCUCGCAACAUCUGGAAGUUUGAGCUCUCUUCAACGCUUCUUCCAUUGCCGGUGGUGAUUCAGGAAAGAUUCAGCAAGAGUACAUACAAUGGUGUAUUUUUCAACGCAGACCAUUACUCGCUUCAUGGAUCAUUGCUGACUGUUAGAAGCAGAGGUGUUAUCGAGCUGUUGAGUGUGGACAACUACCAAUCCACAUUCUCCAAACAAAUAAGACUCAAAACUGGAGGCUCAAAGGUGAUGUACAUGCCUCUAUGGGGAAUAUUUGUUAUUUUGACUCCACAGGAAAGAAAUCGUGGUGAUAGCAUUGAAAAGCUCUUAUUUGUGGACCAUGUAACUCAGGCAGUUAUGAAUGGUUCGUUCACGGGAGAUGAAAGAUCGCCUAAUGGGCUUUUUGAACUUGACGAGAAUCCUCGGUGUAUGAGCCAAUGGGACCAAUUGGUUACUGAUGACGAUGGUGUUAUCACAGGUACUCACGUUCAUCUGGUGAUUGGAUGUGAAGUCAUCGGAGCAAAUACAGGCAUGGUGAAGGUAGUUGAUAUCAGAAGAAUCAAGAACUCCAGACAAUUUGAUGUCUCUGAAGACGAAGAUUCCAAAAAGAGCCACGAUUUUGUGAUGGUAACUCAUUUGACUUCUUGGAAGUGUUCUGAGGGUCCGGUUACUGCAAUCGCUCAAAUUCCCAAUAGUGGUGAAAUCAUUUACUCUUGCGGAAAGCAACUUUUCAUCUUCCAUUACAACUCUCAGACCAAAAGAAUGGUCCGUUCCUUCGAUAAGCAGAAGUUCACUUCCAAUGUGAUUGGUAUCACAGUCAAUGAAAGAGAGGAGAUCCUGAUCUCGCUGGAGGAUGAUUCCGUGGUUCUGUUCCAUUGGACCCCAAGAGCUGGUACUUUCGAGAAGGUUGCGGGGGAUACCACUUCAAGGCAGGUGAUGUCAAAGGCGUUGUCGUUUGAAGCAGAUCAAAUGGUUGUGGUUGCUGACAAGGUUCAUUCAACAAUCACUGCUCUGACUCGCGACGGUGACUUGCUGCAACCCGAUUUCACUACCUCGUUACCUUUCAUUCCUAGACUGGAAAAGUGUACUUUUAAGCCUCUUUGGUACAAAGAACAUCAAAGUGAGCCGGAACCGCAGUUCGAUAAGGAUGACAUGGAACUAGAAUCAUCCAAGUCGUACGUGGACCGGCGGUUCCUGGCAUGUGGUGUUGAUGGAGAAGUGAGGGUAUAUUCGUCUACGCCAAUCCAUCCCCCAAAGUACUGGGUGUUUGACAGAGAAGAGGAUAGGACCUCAUUGCAGGACCAACUCAGAUACCAGACGCAAGAGAAUUAUUAUUCAGUGAGGUAUGAUCAUUAUACAAAAUACGCUUCGGUGAUUUAA